AUGAAGGUUGAAAUUUGUUAUGGAACAUUAAUGGUGUUUGCGUUUACAACGGCACCAAGUUUGGGAAUACAGAAAUCUUGGCUGCCAGAUUUGGAAUGGCGAACCGUAAAGAAUUGGAUGGAUAAUCGGGUACCUGAAGACGAUAACCACGUGAUUUUCCCCUUAGAGACUAGACACGCCGUGGGUAUGCCGAUUUCUGGCGAUCAUCGAUUUUCUGAGAUCGAUCUGGCUAGGUCUGGGUCUUUGGUUUUACCUAGAGACGGAAGCCUACAGUUAAAUGAUUUACGAAAAUCUCCAAAGAGGAUCAGUCGAUGGCUAAAGGAGGGUCAUUUGUUUUGGGCAGAUCCUCAGAACUGGAACGGAAGUUCUGAAGCUGCACCUCAUCUCGAGCAAGUCCCCUGUCGUCAGGACGAUAUAAUUCUGCCGAGUAAACAACGAACGUUCAGCGUUCUUAUGCCAAUGAGAAAGAUCGAGGUGAGAUCGGUUAGAAUAGCGGACGAGAAAAAUCCGUUGGAAUCGUGGCAGUGGAUGGAAAUGGAAAACCAAAGGGAGUUCGAUAAAGGAAUAUUUACUGUGGCAUACGCUGACUACAGUUGUGAGAAGUGUCCCUGUCAGAACGAUCCGAAAGGCGACUACUUGGAGGAGAUCUGCGCGAUUCAGAGACCAAAGUGCGGAUUUACACCUUGCGAAUUUCCCUUAACAGUGGAGGGCCACUGUUGUCGGUACUGCGGCGGCCGGCUGUCUUUGUCGAGCAAAGCGUCUUUGUCGAUGGUACGAGCGGCGGCGAGCGAAGCCCUGGAAGGAUAUGCGGAAAGAGUCGCGUGGCACGUAAGACGUUGCUGGGACGGAACGGCGGAGGUUCUGAUAAAGGAAAAGGGCGACUAUUCCGGAAUCGAUAUUCUGGAAGCGGUCGAGAAUAUGAGGAGGACCUUGCUAAGUAUGAAGAUCGAAGUGCUAAGCACGGAGACUGCUGGCGCGGCGAUGAGAGAUCACCGAGUGGUCGUGGCAUUGGUUCCGCUUUUCGGAACACCGUUAAUCAUUUUAGGACUUUUUUUCAUUGGUUUCACGUACUUCGGAUACUCGUCCAGAUACAUCCUCUCAAGCUGCGGCGAAAUUUUCACCUCGAUUCGGGACGGCAUUCGCGUGGACAAUAAGUCCCCGCAGGGCAGCAAACCAUUCAGUUUCGCUCGUUUCGAGAACGUCUUGGAGGGCAACGUGCGAAUCGCCGACGUGUCGGGCAACAUCGAACAGGGGACCGAAAAUGAGGUGGAUGGCGCCGAGGAAGCGUCCGGGGGUAGGUUCGAAAAUCCUUUGUACAGAUCGAAGAGAAGACGCAAAGAGGAGGAAGAUGAGGAGGUGUUGGAUAUGAACUCCCCACUCACAAUCAGUAUGGCCACCUUAAAGGACAAAGUAGAAGAUCGUAUUGAGGAAGUGGACGUGGAUAUCGAUGAGUGAUGCAAUUCUAAG